AUGUUUCAUUGGCAACUAGGUUGGACUAUUUAAAAAAACAAUUAAAGAACAAAAAUAAAGAAUCACAGAAUUAGAAGAAAGAGCAAUAAAACAUAAAAAAUUUUUAGGUUUCUUGAAAUAACACGGAGAGGGUUUCUAUAAAGAAGUUUGAGAAUAGAAAGUAUUUUAAAGAAAAAGGGGCUUCAAGAAAAAAAAUAUCUUAAUGCUUUUUAAUAUAUGGAUGAUGUAAGUUUAAUGAAAUAUAUUAGAUAUUUAAUAGUCAAUAUUUAAUGUGUAAUAAUAUAGAAGGACAAUUAAAAAAUUAAGCAAGUCAUAAAUUUGAGUAAAUAGAUUACAACUAAAAUUGA